AUGACUGAUAUUGCUAAGAGAGAUUUUGCUGAACUAGCAGUCAGCGGCAAGAAUUACCUGACAUGGGCACUGGAUGCCAAAAUCAUGCUUGGUGCUAAGAAACUCCUGAACUGCAUUCAGGACCCAACUAUUGCAACAUCAGCUGGAGGAGUUAAUAAUUUACCAACUUCAGCCGAGAAAAAUCAGGCACUGCAUUUCCUGAUGCACCAUUUGAAUACUACUCUCAAGAAUGAGUAUAUGACUGAGGAAGAUCCGAAGGUCCUUUGGGACUCACUGAAGGAUCGCUAUGGCCAUCAAAGGCAAUACCGCCAGGCUAAAUACGAGAAGUAUUCUGAACUGAUCUCCGUGCUCAUGGAAGCGCAAGGAGAAGAUGAGACACUUGUUGAAAAUCAUACGUCUCGCCCCACUGGAAGUUCAGCAGCACCCGAAGCAAAUGCUAGCUCCUUUAAGAAGGGGAAAAACCAGAAUAACCAGAACAAAGGGAAGAAUUUCUGGAAAAAUAAUGGUAAAGUUAACAAGAUGUCUUUCAAGAAGAAAGGAAAUCAGAAUAGUAAGUCUAAGAAGGGCUCUACUAGUGGUGAAUAUGGAAAGCAAUAUCAGGUAUGCUUCAAGUGUGGCACUAGGGGACACUGGUCUCGCAUUUGCCGCACCCCUAAGCAUCUCAUUGAGCUUUAUCAAGAGAAGCACGGGAAGAAGAAGUCAGAGCAUGAGUCACACUUCACUGUUGAGAUCCAGCACUCAGAGGAGAAGAUGGCUGCCAUGCAUAUCGACAAGCAGGUCGACGAGAAGGCAGUGGUUGCAAUGCACAUCGAUGAUAAGAUGGAACAUAAUGCAGUAGACGCAGAGCUGAAGCUCUCAGAUGAUCUCAUGGACUCUGAUCAGUUAUAUGGGGACAUUUAA